GUGGAUAACUGAGGGACCCUAUAUGCGAUUUUCCCUAAAAAAUAUAUAUGACCACACAAAUGUUCAUCAGUCAAUAACACUACUCUCUACCCAGAUAAGUUUUUUUACAUUUAAGACCACUCAAAUUCAAUUCUUAAAUUUUGUAAUUUCAGUCAUUGUUUUUUACUUUUUUAUAUAAAAAUGCACGUUCUAGUGCUACUCCUAUGCAUGAACAUCUAUAAUAUUAAUUUUUCAACAUUUCUCUAAACAUUUAUGGCCUUACAAAGGAAGUCCAUAAUCCAAUUUCUCUUUUUCCAUUUUUUGUCCUAAUACUCAUUUCCCUUUCUGGCCUACAUAGCCAUCAUUUACUUAGGAAGUGUGACACUAUCUCGCAAAUAUUCCAAUUUACCUGUUAAGUUAUCCCCAUUUUACAUUAGAUAUUGUAAUGUUUAUAAAAUGUCCUCUCCUAUGUUUAUAAAACGGUUUGUUUUUAGUUCACGCACAUACAAAAGGUAUAAAUCCUGCCAUCUCAUAAGUUAAUCUUAUUAUCUUAUAACUCAGCGUAUUUUUAGAAUCUUUAAAGCAUAUAACCCAUAAGGUAAUAGGAGACUUGAAUAAAAGAGAGUUAAAGGAAGAGAAUAAUUUUCUGGUUGUGUGUCUGUCCACAACCCUGAACUCCUUUAUUUAUAAUAAUGAGUGUACAAGUACAUUAGUGAGAGAGAGGAGAUGAAAGGUCAAAUAAGAAGAAAGGUCAGUUCUAGAAAAUACAGAGGAGUCUAUUUAGCUACCAAUAAAUCUUGAUAAAUCUAACACUCCCCCUCAAGCUGGAGCAUACAAAUUGUAUGUACCAAGCUUGGAACAAAUAAAUUCAAUUCGUGGACCUCUCAAAGACUUUGUUAACACAUCUGCAAGUUGAUUAUUGGACCCAAUAAAGUCAGUGCUGAUUUCUUUAGGCAUCAGCUUUUCUAGAACGAAAUGGCAAUCGAUCUCUAUGUGUUUCGUUCUCUCAUGGAACACCGGAUUUGAGGCGAUGUGAAGGGCAGCUUGGUUAUCACAAUACAUCUUCAUUUGUUGAACCUUAAAGAACUUUAAUUCUUGAAGAAACUGUUUUACCCAUAUGAGCUCACAAGUGAGAGACACCAUUGCCCUAUAUUCCGCUUCAAUAUGAUAAAACUGUUUCUUGAUAAAGUACCCACAACCCUAAAAUUACUACAUUCCUAAAGUUCCUUUGUCUUCACUUAUCAUCUCAUCUAUUUUUAACUCCCCCACAUCUGACAUCUCUAAAGUUACUUUGUGAUCUUCUCUUUCUUUCUUCUACCAUCCAAUCCGCAUUUUACCCAUUUCCUCUCCUUUCUCAUCGCCCUCUCUAAUCUCUAAUCUACUUUGUCUUCACUUAUCAUCUCAUCUAUUUUUAACUCCCCCACAUCUCUAAAGUUACUUUGUGAUCUUCUCUUUCUUUCUUCUACCAUCCAAUCCGCAUUUUACCCAUUUCCUCUCCUUUCUCAUCGCCCUCUCUAAUCUCCUCAUGUAUUCAUUUCUCAUCUCUGUUAUUUUUCAUUUAUUCUGUUUCUUCUUCAGCUCUUCUUUUUCUGACCAUCUCCUCUUUUUGUUUCUCUUCUUCUAUUUUGUAUACUAAAUAUUGGAUUGAUCAGUUGGGUUUUACAGCUUCAUAAUUUAUUUGAUUAUUUGACUCUAGAGACCGAUGAGAUACCAGAUCCACUACCAAUAAUGGAUCACAACCACAACCACAACCACCGCCCCAACAGUUGUCAAAACCUUGGCAACCAUGGGCAGGCUGACUGCCACAGGCUACCAACAACCAUGAUCAUUGCCGGCUGUGAGGUUGUCAAUGUGGCCAAAAAAUAACAAUGUUAACAAAAAUGUUUCCCCCUGUGAAAGACAUUGGAAUAUGCCGUAUAAUAUGCUUUAGAAUAUUCUUCUAUCUUUAGAAUAUGCUUUAGAAUAUUUUAGGAAUAUACUCUAGGAUAUUAUUAUUGUAUAGCAUCUUAUAGGAAUAUUCUAUCUUUGUAAUGUAUAUAUAUAGGGACUUAACCCUCCAAUGAAAUACACAGAAAAUUCUUCCAUUCUCAUUACUAUUAUAUGCUUAAUUCUGAUAACAUGGUAUCAGAGCUGUUUCCUUUGUUUACAGAAUAUCAGUUUAGUUCAGAAUCUCAGUUCCGAACAUUGUUUCUCUAAGCAGUUCACAGAACCUCUGUAUUCUUUUCAGCUUAGUUUUCCAUAUCUCAGUUUAGUGUUCAGACUGGAUUCUUUCCCCAAGAGCUUGAGUUCAGUCCAGAAUCUUCAGAACCUCUAGGCACCACUCUGUCUUCAAGAAUCUCCAUUACAGGAAAGGGGCUAAUAUCUGUGGGAGGAAGUCUGGUGGUUGGUCGCUGGGGUCUGACAUCGGACAACACUGGUGGACGGACAUCUGUGAAAAUCUGCUCAUCUGGUUCUUCGCGCUGGGGUCUCGCUUGGAAUGUUUCCUCUCCUUCGCGGAUCGCGUCUGGUUCUCUUAUUCUCCGCAUCAGUCAACGCCAAGCUGGAUAUCUUAGUCUCCAAAUUUUAAGUCCACAGUCGGGAACCCUGCUGUAAGAUUUCAGAAUAUCUCAUUUUGUUUUAAUAUUAUUAUUGUCUCAAAAAAAAAAAAAAGAAUAAAAAAAAGAGAAAAAAAAAAUGCCUGGUUCUGACACUGACACCUCCGCAGUAACACAAAGUAAGCCUUUGAUAGUUUCUGAAGUUAUUCCCAUUAAUUUUAAAAUUACUGAGAAUAAACUUUGUGGCUCCAAUUAUCUUGAAUGGAGUAAAACUAUCAAACGUUAUUUAAGGAGCAUUGAUAAAUAUACCCACUUAGUUGAUGACCCGCCAAAGGAGGAGGUUGAUAGAGCUGCUAAUACUGCCUGGCUUCGUGACGAUUCUAGAUUAUUUAUCCAGAUUCAAAACUCAAUGGAGAAUGAGGUAAUGGGGUAUAUUAGUCAUUGCGAUACUGUGAAAGAACUGUUUGAUUAUUUGGAAUUUAUGUAUUCUGGAAAAGGUAAUCUUAACCACAUCUAUGAGGUGUGCAAAGCCUUUUACAGAGCAGAAAUGAAAGAUAAGCCUCUCACGGCUUAUUUUAUGGAUUUCAAGAAAACCUAUGAAGAGCUGAAUACAUUAAUGCCAUUUAGUCCUGAUAUCAAAGUGCAGCAGAAACAAAGAGAACAAAUGGCAGUGAUGAGUUUUUUGGCUGGUCUAACAUCUGAAUUUGAAACAGCCAAAUCACAUAUCUUAUCUAGCGAUGAGGUCUCUUCUCUUCAAGAGUCUUUCACUAGAGUGCUUCGCACCGAUACUUCAUCCACACCAUUAACACCUCAGUCAAGCAAUGCAUUUGUAGGGCAAGUUCCGACAUUCACCAGAGGAAGUGAGAAAUAUCCACGUACUGGCCCAUCUGGCAAAGGCAUAGUAUGCAACUACUGUAAAAAGCCUGGACACUUGAUCAAAGAUUGUAGAAAAUUAAAAUUCAAAAAUCAAGGAAACCAGGUUGCUCACAUUGCUUCCGCUACACAGUCUUCUGAUGGAUCACUAAGUAUGUCUUCUGAGGAAUACGCCAAAUUUCUUUGCUACCAAGAGACUCUAAAGCAUUCAUCUACUCCUAUCUCAGCUGUCGCUAAUUCAGGUAAUCCAAACACAUGUCUUGUGUCUUCAUCCUCAAAAUGGGUUAUCGAUUCAGGGGCAACAGAUCAUAUGACAGGAUCUGGUGACGAAUCGGGUUAUUGGUAAAGGAUAUGAAUCGGCUGGUCUCUAUCUCUUGGAUACAUCCUUACCCAAAUCCAUCUCUUGUCUUGGAGUUGGAACUGUGUUAGAGGCUCAUUAUCGACUGGGCCAUCCCUCUCUCCCGUUGUUAAAGAAACUUCAUCCUCAAUUUC